CGCCAGCCAAACUGGACACCGCGGUCCCGCAAGAGACCCCCCCCGGCCAGCGCCCCCCCUGCCUGCUGCCUCUCCACCCUGGCCCAGCCUCGCCGCUCGCUGCCCUGCCCCACGCUGACCCCGUGCCCCAGUCGCGAUGUCGCCACCAUCACCGACCUGUGCAGCGGCGGCGAUGUCCCCGAGGUGGAGAUCAUCAGCCUGCUGGGCGAGCAGCUGCCCCGCUACAAGCUGCGGGCGGACACCGUCUUCGGCUAUGACCACGACGACUGGCUGCGAGCCCCCCCUGCCCCCCCGGAGCCCGCAGCCCCCCUCACCCCCCAGCAGAUCUCGGAGACCCUGCAGUAUUUCCUCCUGUGCACCGAGCGGGCCGUCAGGAUCACCAAAACCUACCACGACAUCGAUGCCGUCACCAACCUCCUGGACGAGAAAGAGCGGGACCUGGAGCUGGCGGCGCGCAUCGGGCAGUCCCUGCUGAAGCAGAACCGGAGCCUGACGGAGCGCAACGAGCUGCUGGAGGAGCAGCUGGAGCUGGCCAAAGAGGAGAUCGCGCAGCUGCGCCACGAGGUCUCCAUGCGGGACGAUCUGCUCCACUUCUACACCACCACCACGGAGGAGAGCGAGCCCACCUCGGCCACCGCCACGCCGCUGCGCCGGCAGGAGUCGUCCUCGUCCCUGCAGCAGUACUUCCAGUACGACACCUUGCAGCAGAAACUCAAGUGCCUGGAGGAGGAGAACCAGAAGCUUCGCCUGGAGGCCACCAACAUUGCGAUCGAGACCUGCCAGUACGAGGACCAGGAGCACCAGCUGAUGAUCGACUGCGUGGAGCAGUUCUCCGAAGCCAGCCAGCAGGUCGUCUGCCUCUCGGACGAGCUGGCCCGCAAGGCGGAGGACACGGUGAGGCAGCAGGAGGAGAUCAGCCAGCUCCUGGCGCAGGUGGUGGACCUGCAGCAGAAGUGCCGCGCGUACGGCUCGGAGGUGGAGGAGCUCCAGCAGCACCUGGCUGUGGCCAAGGAGGUGCAGGAGCAGCUCCGGACAGAGCUGCGGGACCUGCAGGAGAAGUACACGGAGUGCGGGGGGAUGCUGCAGGAAGCCCAGGAGGAGGUGAAGAGCCUGCGCAGCCGCAGCCUCCCCAACAGCACCGUCAGCCGCUACGGCGCGCCCAGCCUGCUGCCCGUGGACUCGCUGGCAGCUGAGAUCAAGGGGACGAUGAGGAAGGGGACGGACGGAUCCUCCUCGGACUACAAGAGCUACCUGCGUGUCUUCGAGACGGUGAAGGCGGUGAACCAGGCGGCCAAAGCCAAGUCGUGCUCCGAGUCUCCCCUGCAUGCGCCCAGCUCCAAGCAGCUGUCGGCCGUCCCCUCCAGGGGGGGCAGCACCCCCCCGGCCGGCUGCUGUGGCUCUGAGGGCACCCAGGGCGAGGGGUCCGGAGAGGACCCCCAUGGGGCUGCCCCCCCCGGCCGGCGGGCGCUGGAGGCGGCGGUGCAGCGGCUUUCGGCACGGCAGCAGAGCCACGGCUCGGGGGAGGGCUCCUUCUUCGAGGCUGAGCGGGAGCGCAAGCUGUGGAAGCUGCGGGACGGGGAGAGCUCCAGCGGCUUCCUCACCCCCACCGAGAGCAUCGUGUCCACCGGCACCAACCACUCGGGGGGCUCGGAGCUCACCACCGGCUCCGGUUUCUCCCUGGGCUCCCUCACCUACCUGCCCGACAAGCUGCAGAUCGUGAAGCCGCUGGAAGGCUCGGUGACCCUCCACCACUGGCAGCAGCUGGCCCGGCCCAACCUGGGGGGGAUCCUGGUGCCCCGUCCCGGGGUGCUCACCAAAGACUUCAGGCAGCUGGACAUCGACCUGGAGGAGGUGUACAGCCUCACCGACCUGGAGGAGGACGAGGUGGAGGCCGCCUCCUUCCAGCUGCUCCCUACCUCAACACCCACCAAAGCCAAGGAGCGCCCCGGGGUGUUCCUCUCUGUUAACAACCUCCCCCAGACCCCAUCCACCUUCACCAUCACCACCUGCCACAUCCUGCACCCCACCACCGAGAUCACCACUGUGACACCCAGUCUGUAUAACGCCGUCGUGCCUUCUUGUGGGCCCAUUGAGAGGCUGAACCUCUGCCCCCCCUCACCAGAGCUGCCCAGCCCCGGCCCCCCCAGCACCCCCCUGGGACUCAUCCGGCUCCUCCUGGUGCGGGGCAUCUCAGCCUCGGUACCCUCAGCCGUAUCCUGGUGGCCCCCCUCACUCCCUGCCCAGGACCCCCAGAGCUCCCUGCAGCCCCCUCCUGAGGCUGGGGGGGGACAGCAGCAACCCUCGUCCCCCAGCAGCAUCUUCAGCUUGAACCUGGUGGAGAAGCUGCGCCGCCUGGGGCUGGAUAAGGUGGUGGCCCGGGGGGAGCUGUCCUACGCACGAGGAGAGCACAGGGGGGGCCGGGAUGCGCCGACGUGAUGGCACAGCACAGCCUGCACGCGUGGGAUGAGAUGAGACGUGAUGUGUCCUCCUCCUCCUCCUCUUCAUCUCCAGCCAUGGGCCACAAAUCUGGGCCAGGUUCCUGCUCCCUGGGCUCUGCCCAAACCCUGGCUGCCUCCUGGUGGUUUGCAGGGGUUUGGCCCUGGCUGCAAGGACACAACGCUGCGAUGCCACGGGGUCCCCCUGCGCUGCUCCCCCAGCCCCACGUCCUGCAGCUGCAGGGGUCCCAGGUGCAGGAUGCUCAGGGCACUCAAGGACACUGGCCCUGUCCCCACCCAGAGGCUGUGGACCCUUCACCGGAGCCCGUUUCUAGCAAUAAAAACUGUUCUGGCUCCUGUCACGGCUGCAGCAAGGGGCGAUGCUCAGCCUGUGCUCGAGGCCGGGAGGAGCUGCGUGUGCCAGGAUGAGACCCCCACCGCCACACCUGGGCAGCGUCUGGGCUGAUUUUAAAGCAAAUGGUUUUAAAACUCGUUUCUGCCCACCGCAUAGACGUAGCAGCGCUGCUGGGGGGCUGCUGGCAGCGAGUGUCUCAGGGUGUAGCUGUCACUCGUGCCGGCUCUGUCCCUUGCCCCCAGCUGUGCCCUGUCCCUUAUCCAAUAAAUGUGAAGAGCUGAAGCA